UUCUGCGUCUGUUCUGUUAUGCAAUCGGAAGCUGCCGAGCAUCUGUGCGUGUGUUUUACUCCAACUACAACUACAACUACAACUGCAACUGCAACUGAAACUCGAACUGCAGUUGCAGCUGCAUCUGAGGCAGGCCGCAGAGAAUGCAAAUAAAUGCAACGAAUACGAAACUCAUAUAAAUUAGGAAAAUCAACAAUAACAACAUUCAUCUCACACACUCACAUAAGUACACGUACACAAACACGCACACGCACACACACAUAUAUGGCAGAGACCGAAAUAAAAUCACAUAAAAUGCAACGAAUUCUGCUGCAUGAAUUAAACAAGAAGAGCAAUAGCAACAACAAUUGCCAGAAGAGAUACAUGAAAUAUUCAAACUAACUAAAAGCAAGGCAAUUCAUAAGAAAAUUCUCCAAAAUCCAAACACAACUCAAGUGUGCUCUUGGGCAUGACGCUAAUGGAGCAUCGCUUGGCUUCAGGUUCACCAUCAGCAUCAGCUUCAGCUUCAGCUCCACUCUCUCCACUGGCUUCUUCUUUGGCUUCCUUGGCACACGGCAAAAUGUUUGCCCGACUGUGGCCUUGGCUGAGGAAUGAGGCGUGGUCGAGGCUGCAUAAAUCCAACAUGGACUACACCUCCCUGCUCUGCUGUGGCAUGGCUUUCGUUUUAUAUUUGAACACGCUUAAUGCGGGCUUCGUCUACGACGACAGACGUGCUAUUUUGGGCAAUGCAGACGUGUCGGGGGCGGCGUCUUGGCAGAGAAGCUUCGCCAAUGACUUUUGGGGCACGCCGCUGACGGACAGCGGCUCUCAUGGCUCCUGGCGACCGCUGUGCGUGCUGAGCUUCAGGCUCAACUAUCUACUGGCCGGCGGCUAUGCGCCGUGGGGCUUCCAUCUAGUCAACAAUCUGCUGCACUGCAUCGCCACGGCGCUGGUGGUGCGUGUGGCACGUACGCUGCUCGCCUCCUUCUGGGCGGUGCUUGCCGCUGGAGCUCUGUUUGCGGCACAUCCCAUUCACACGGAGGCUGUGGCCGGUGUGGUGGGGCGAGCGGAUGUUGCCGCUUGUGUCUGCUAUCUGCUCACGUACCUCAGCUAUUUGCGUCACAUGCGUUGGCGCGACUCUGGCGAUCCUAGACAAUGGCUCGCUCUGUUGGCGACGCUUCUCUUUUCUGUGGCUGCCUUGCUCUGCAAGGAGACUGCAAUUACUGCUCUCCUGGUGUGUGCUGCCUUCGAUGUAAUGCGUGGUCUUGGUGGCCAUGUGGAUAAGCAACGACUGCGCUCGCUCUGCAUUGUGAUGGGUGCUCUUUUCUUCAGCGUCUACUGGCGACUUGUGUCAAUUCCCGGUCCCCAGACUGCAUUCUCCAGCGCCGACAAUCCCAUAGCACGAACUGCAUCCGCGUGGACGCGACUGCUUACAUUUCUCCACUUGCCGGUGGUCAACUUUAAGCUGUUGCUGCAACCACAAGUGCUCAGCUUCGACUGGGGCAUGGACGCCUUGCCACGCGUGACGACGCUUUGGGAUCGUCGAAAUGCUCAAACCAUCUGCUUCUAUUCUGUGCUGCUCGGCGUUGCCUGGCGCAGCUGUAAGCUUUUGCUUUACGGCAGCGAGCUCUUUGAGGGUGCAAACGGCGGUUAUCCGCAGUAUCACAUACAGAAGGUUGGACGCAAGUCUCGCGCCAAGCGCAAGCGGGCUGCCAACAACAAUAACAGCAACAACAACAGCAGCAGCAACAAGUACCAAGCCUAUGAGGCAUCUUUUCAUCAGGAAGCGCUUCCAUUUGCCAAGCAGCCGUGCAGUGACUGCAACAACAACAACAGCAAUGGCGUCUACGUCUAUGGAGAGGAAGCAGCUGGCAGCUCAGCUGUUCCCUCGGCUCCACAACCUCAGCAUCACCUCGUGUCUUCCGCUGUCAGUUUGGCCUUGCACAAGGCGUUUCGAGGGUCGCGCAGCAGCAGCAGCUGCAGCAACAGCACAACGGCCAGCAACAAGAGCAGCGGCAGCAGCAGCAGCUCUAGCUCUAGCUCCAGCUCUAGCUCCACUUGUGACUCACUCGAUGGACAAGCGAGGUGCUCGUCAGACUACAUGCUGGGAGGGAUGACAGGGUCCGCUCGCAAUGCCUGCAUUCUGCUCAUGUCCUGCGCCUUUCUGACACUCCCCUUCCUGCCUGCCAGCAAUCUCUUCUUCUACGUGGGCUUCGUGGUCGCCGAACGAUUGCUGUAUUUGCCCAGUGUUGGCUUUUGCUUGCUGGUCGGCUUUGGCGUCUCUAAACUGUUGGCCUGUACUCGUUCUCAUGGCUCGGGGAGGAGGACACGUUGUGGCCUUCUGCUCUCGUUCAGCGUGUUGCUGGCAGCGAUGAGUCUGCGAACCGUGCAACGCAACGCCGAUUGGCGGGACGAGGAGAGCCUCUACCGCAGUGCCAUUACUGUCAAUCCGCCAAAAGCGCUGGGCAAUCUGGGCAGCGUGCUGAGCUCUCAGGCUCGCUACGAGGAGGCCAAGCUGGUGCUGCAGGAGGCCAUCAGAUACAGGCCCAACAUGGCGGAUGUGCACUUCAAUUUGGGCAUUCUGCACCAGAAUCAGCAGGACUACAAGGCAGCAGUCGAGUGCUUUCAGCGUGCCAUCAAGUUUCGCCCUAGUCUAGCAGUCGCCUAUCUCAACCUCGGCAUAUCAUUCAUUGCGCUGGGCAGACGCCAGCAGGCCAUCGAAAUACUGCAGGUGGGCUCCACUUUGGACGGGGCAGCUGUGCGUGAUCGUAGUGCUCAUGAUCAGGCGAGAAGCUCGGCCUAUCUGCAGCUAGGCGCACUCUACGUGGAGCAGGGGAAGUUGCAACGGGCGCUGGCCGUGUAUCGGGAGGCGUUGUCCGCGUUACCUGCACUGCUGCAUCAACGGGAAGUGCUUUAUCAGCGGAUCGGGGAUGUCUUCGGUCGUCUGCAGCAGUGGGACGAAGCGGAGCGACAUCACCGAGCUGCCCUUGAGCUGCAGCCCAACCAGGUGGCGGCACAUAUCUCCUAUGGCAUCACGCUGGCCAGAAAUAGCAGUCGCGCUUCGGAGGCGGAAAUGUGGUUCAAGCGUGCGUUGCAGCUGGCGCCGGAUCAGGCCAGCGUCUAUCACCAUUAUGCUGAAUUCCUGACGCUGCAAUCGCGCCAUCACGAAUCUGUUGUCUAUCAUCGGCGUGCGGCGGAAUUGGCGCCCACGGACUAUGCCUUGGUAGUAGCGGCGGCAACUUCACUGCGGCUGCUCGAUCGCAAGGUUGAGGCGGAAAUUUGGUACCGCAAGGCUGUCAAUUUGCGACCCGAUGACGCACAUGCUCACACCAAUCUGGGCGCCAUUCUGCAUCUUCUGGGACGCACCAGCCACGCGGCGGCUAGCUACAAGGCGGCACUCCAACUACAGCCGGGGGAUUCCAUCACGCUUGGCAAUCUGGCCAAGUUGGGGGUCACGAAUGUUUAGCUGCCACAAUGUGGGAAUCGUUAAUUAGCCACAGAGCAAAGUUAUUUUUAUAUACGGUGGCCGGAUAUGGACGGAUGGCCCUUAGAUAACUCUAAAGAAUUUAUACGAAGGACUUCGAUACAUAUGUAUAUCAUUUAGCAGGCAUCAGCAGGAAGCGUGUAAAUAUCCAAGCAGCGACCAAUGCAAGUCUAUGUCAAAGGCAAAGAAUUUAUAAGCAAAAAAAAAGCGAAGCGAAGGUAAAGUGAGGAGAAGUGUGGAGACAGAGAGAACAAUAAUUAAACUACCUAAACGUUAAGUCAAAAUGAAUCCGAAAUCAGAACAGAUAUCGGACAAAGCUGUACAGUGAAUAUAUCCUUAGAGAAUCGGAGAAAUCGCAGGAAGGAUGCAACCCUGGUAUUGAUAAAACUUAUGUGCUUAAUAAUUAUGUAAAUUAUUGUAAAUACGAGAAAACCUAUUAAGGAA